AUGUGCGGACGGACGUCGAUGACCAAGACAGCAGACGCGCUUGAGCGGGCGACCGGGAGGCGGUGGCGGAGUCAGGCGGCAGCAGAGCGGUUGCGGCCGUCGGCGAACGUGGCGCCCGGCACACCGCUGCCUGUGGUGCAGGCCAUGCGCGGCGAGGGCUCCGGCGAGGUCAUCGACUCGGUGCUCACCACCAUGCGGUGGGGCUUUGAGCGGCCCGAGUGGAGCUCGCCGGUCAUCAACGUGCGCGCUGAGACCAUGCUUGCCCGCCCGCUCUUUGCCAGCCCGCUGGUCUCGGGCCGAUGCGUCGUCGCCGUCGAGGGCUUUUACGAGUGGGAUGCGACCAAGAACCCGCACUACAUCUCGCUCUCCGAUCACGGCGUCAUGUACAUGGCUGCGCUCUACGAGGCCAUACCCGGUCCGGACGGGGCGCUUUCCUACGCCGUCGCCGUUGUCACCGUCGCCGCAGCAGAAGACAUCUCCUGGCUCCACGAUCGCAUGCCCGCCCUGCUCACCUCGGAACACGAUCGCCAGUCGUGGCUCAACCCGGCUGUUCCACCAGAGACCGCCGCCUCGCUCUGCGCGCCAGUGGAGGGUCUCCGAACCCGCCCCGUCUCACGGGCCGUCAACUUUCUCCGCUUCAAGUCGGCCGCAGACUGCCACGCCCCGCCGGAUCCGGCCGUCGUUUACUCGUCGGCCGGCAAGCAGAGAGUCAACGUGGUCACCGAGUACUUUGCGCAACGCGGAGCGCCCACUCGCGCCGCCCAGCGUCCUCGCGCCCAUGCGGAGUCGUCGGCUUUGUCAUCGCCAUCAUCAUCGCAGCCUCGUCCGCCCCUGCGCUCGACCGACUCGAGCUCGCCUGGCAAGACAGCUGCGCGGGCUGCGCGCUCGGCGCGCGCCACCCAGGCGGUGGUCUCGGCCUGGUCGGCCUCGAGGUCGUCGCUCCUUCCAUCGUUCCUUCCGCUUGCGCUUCAGGUCGGAACUCUUGUCCCGCCGUCGCAACGGCGGCUGGACGACCUUUGGACACCGUCGUCCGGCGAGGCCCGGUCGUCGGCGUCUGCCACGCUACCCACGCCCGACACGCCGCCGAGCCAGACUUGCUCGCCGGUUGUAGACCUUACUUGA